AUGGCGCAAGACACGACGACAGAUGGCACAGUGCCCAUGCCACGACUGGAGGACAUUCUGCGACACCCGGAGGAUCUGGACAAAAUCAAUGGACUGAAAGCCGAGUACCAGCGCAAAAAGGCCGCGGUAGAUUCCCGACUGCGCGAGGGUCUCCGCGAACAACUCGAGGCUGUCCAACGAAGCAUUGGAAUAUUGACCGACGGCCAAAGGCAAGUGUAUAAGACGCGGGACGAACUACAAGCGAUCGACAAACUGUGCGCAGAGUCACAAGAGAGCGUGGAGGACUUUGCUGAGAUUGACAAAUUGGCGCGGAUCCAACGGCAUUUCGAUGCGACGUUGAUGAUGAAAAAAGGGCUGGAGAACUUCGGUGCAGACCUACAGGAGGUGGAGGAGUUGUUACGGGAGGAUGAUGAGGAUUUGGAGAAUCAGCCGAAUUUGCUCAAGGCGCAUAUGCAGAUAUCUCGUCUGCGAGAUUUCAGGGACGAGGCGAUGGAUCAGAUUCAGAAGUCCCGGGACACGAGUAGCGUGGAAACAUUGAAGGAAUACUUUGAAGGGCUUGACUCGGCGAUUGACUGGUUCGAUGAUCAUCUUGGCACAGCAUGCAUGAAUUUGAUUCCUCUGGUGCAGGAAGACAAUAAGAGCAUGGUGGUGCGGUUGGCGGUGGUUGUUGUGAACGAAGAGAAGAAUGACGAUACGGUCAGAGCCUUACAGGAAGCUCAAAAGGAUCACAAGGAUCUUGUCAGCCGCUUCAAAUCGAUGAACAUUGGGCCCAAGACGGUGCGAGGCUAUAAGGAGAAGUUUCUUCAAGCGAUUGAGUUCUAUGCGCAGAACCAGUUCAACAAUACCAAGGAGGCAUUCCUCGCAGAUCCAAACAUGAUGGAGAAAAGUCUUCGGUGGUUUUUCAAUGACCUGUUCACCGUCCAGCAAGGCAUGCAACCCCUCAUGCCGAAAAAGUGGAAAAUCUACAGAACGUACACCAAAAUCUAUCACCGUAUGAUGCACGAUUUCCUUAUCGAGUUCAUCGACGAUCCGGAAAUCCCGGCCGACAAUCUGUUGAAGAUCAUUCACUGGAGCGACAAGUACUACAAGAAGAUGAAAAAGCUGGGCUGGACCCCAGCUGAACUGCAGCCCAACAUAUUAGAUGACCGCGAGCCAGAACUCGUGCGACAAUGGCAAAGCGUUAUCAUCAACGCAGUGGAGGAAUGGAUGGAAAGAAUCUUCAGCAUCGACAAAAAGAGUCUGCUGGAAAGACAAGCGGAUUCUCUCGACACCAAUGCAGAUGGUUACUUUCGAACCAAAACGCAAGCCGACCUGUGGCGCAUGCUUCAUGAACAAAUUUCAGCGGCAGGCCAGUCUGAAAGAGCUGAUGUUGUUGAGGGCGUGAUUGACGCAAUGUUCCGAGCCUUGAAGGGCCGUCAAGGCGCGUUGCAAACACUGAUUGACGACGAGUGUCAGAAAGCCACGGCCCCUAGCAGCGACGGCGAAGGACUGCAACUACUGCAAGACUGGCUGGUCGGUAUGGCGAAUGACCAGAUCGCCUGCAUUGACGAUAACGAGGAGACCGCGCAGAUGGGCUACCUAACCCGCUUCAAGGCCGAAAUUGAGCCCGUCGUGACUCCUAAAUACAUGGCCACACGAGCAAUGACGGAUCUCGACGCUCUCCGAGAUGGCUACGUGGAUCUGAGCACGCAUUGCUUGGCCCUGUUCGUGAACAUUGUCUUCACGGUGGAUUUGAGCACUGUUCUCACAGAUCUCUUCACACCAAAAUGGUACGGUGAAUUCGCGAUCAAGCGUAUCACAUCCACCUUUGACGACUAUAUGACCGACUACAGCCCUGUCUUGCACCCAUCUCUUGUGGAUAUUCUCGUCGAAGAACUUUCAGACGAACUGCUCGUCCGCUAUCUAUCCUCUGUGCGCAACAAGGGCGUCAAAUUCCGCCGUCAAGCAGACCCCUUCACGGAGAAAUUCAAGGACGAUAUUCUCACAGUCUUUGAUUUUUUCCAAAAAUUCCAAGAAUCAUUCCCGUCCAUCAAGCAGAAAUGGCGAUUGGUCGAUUGGCUUGUCCGAUUGCUCGAGGCUGAAAAGGGACAGGCGAUCGCAAACGUCUACGAGAGCUUCAAGCAGGAGUAUUGGGAUCUGCAACUUUCAUGGGUCGAGGCCGUUCUCAGGACUCGCGAUGACUUUGAGCGCAGUAUGAUCAGCUCGAUCAAAGCGAAGGCUGCUGAGUUAUCGGUUGAGCGUGGAGUGGAGACUAUCAUGAGCCGAGUGAGGUGA